CUCGAUUCAAGUUUGCAUUACUCAUAAGACGUGAGUGAUAUUGUGUUCGAGGUCAGAGGGUUGAAAAACUUGAAAAUAAUGAAAAUUUAAAAUGCAGUUAAACUCAGGCCGUCGCAAGACGCAGAGGUCGCACAACAUGCGUGGUUUUUCUUAAAUAAAAUUAUUUAAUAAAACUACACAAGUGAGAAUUUUUCUUGUUGGAAGUUAAAUUUUAGCAGAAUGGCGAUUUCCACAAAUAUAGAUAUUAUAGGGAGUGUUAUGGAUGGUGUGAUUGACAACGGAAGUUUGGAAGUAAAGAAAAUUCCUGUAGAAUACAGAGUUUAUCCAAUACGAUGGCUGGUUCUCUUCAUAUUCGUUUUGUACUCUGCCAGUAAUUCUAUGCAAUGGAUUCAGUACAGCAUCAUACAGGACACGGUUGUAAAGUACUAUGGGGUGCCAGAAAUUGCAGUGUACUGGACAUCUAUGAUCUACAUGCUCGCUUAUAUCCCUUUAAUCUUUCCUGCUAGUUAUCUUCUUGACAGAACAAAUCUUCGAAUAACAAUAAUAAUAGGUUCUUUUGGAAAUUGCGUGGGCGCCUGGUUGAAGGUCAUCUCAGUUCGCCAGGAUCUGUUCUGGCUUAGUUUUCUGGGGCAAACUGUAUGCGCAAUUGCUCAAGCAUUUGUACUAAGCAUACCGCCACGAUUGGCUGCUGUCUGGUUUGGUGCUGAUCAGGUAUCAUCUGCUUGCAGCAUAGGGGUGUUUGGUAAUCAGCUAGGUACCGCCGUGGGAUUCCUGAUAACACCAAUGAUAGUCCGCGCACAUGGUUCCAUCGAGCAAAUAGGAGAAGAUUUUAAAUUUCUCUUUUACCUUAUCGCCAGCUUCACUACUUUACUCUUUGUUCUCAUUAUCUUAUUCUUUAAAGCAGCACCAGCCACACCACCUUCAGCAGCAGCAGACCAGGAAUCAGCAAUUGAUUCAAACUUCCUCAAGUCUUUGAAGAAUUUACUGACGAAUCGAAACUACUUGAUUUUACUAAUCUCCUAUGGCAUAAAUGUUGGUGUGUUCUAUGCUAUUUCCACGCUACUGAAUGAAUUGGUAUUGAGAUAUUACGUGGGAGCAAAUGAAGACGCAGGGAGAAUAGGCGUCGUAAUUGUGGUAGCAGGAAUGGUUGGGUCUGUUGUUUGUGGGGUGAUCAUAGACAAGACACACCGAUUCAAGGAGACGGCACUUGCUGUGUAUGCUGCGUCAACCAUCGGAAUGGUCAUAUUUACAUUUACUUUGAACUGUGGAUACAUCGGUGUUGUAUACUUCAGUGGCAUUUUGCUUGGAUUCUUCAUGACGGGAUACUUACCUGUCGGAUUCGAAUUCGCUUCAGAAGUCACUUACCCUGAACCUGAGGGCACAACGUCAGGUCUGCUUAAUGCUGGUGUCCAGGUCUUUGGUAUUGUUUUAACCCUGCUAUUCCAAUGGAUGCUCGGCACAAUUGGGGACCGUUGGGCGAAUGUGACUAUGUGUGCUAUUCUCGUUCUUGGCACUGUGCUCACAGCUGUCAUACAGUCGGACUUACGACGUCAAGCUGCAGAAAAGAAAGAGCUGAAAUAGGACUUCACUUCAUUCAAUAUUACAAUUUUAAGUGCUCUACCAGAGAUUAAGUACUCGUUAAUUAGUUAGUUAAUCAGUAGAAAGAGUUUGAGAAUCAGAUUGUUCGGUGAAAGAUGGGAUAAUAUUGCGUCAGCAAACUAAUCGACAUAGAUACAUGUACUCAGUUAACUUACUGCAUCUUAAUCAACUGGCUGAAUCUGCAUUGUUUACUCUAGAAUUCCUAUAAAGUAUACCAUUACUUUACCAUGAUUUAAGUAUUAUUAUUGCGUAUUUCAUUAUUUUAUUUACGUUCUUGUUUUUUGCACACACUUUCCUCAACUAGAUUUAUAGAAGUGAAUUUUUUAGUUUAGAAUUGUAAGUAUAAGGCUUAUUGAGACUUUUGUACUAAGCAUAGUGAAGUAUUUAAAAGCUGUAGAAUUAAAUUAUAUUUAAUGGAAUAUACCAUUAUGUAUACCUAAUGAA